UUGUAAUUGUGCUCAAUGAUGCUUGUGCUUUGUAAUUGUAUGCAAUAAUGGUUAUUGUGUAAGAACAGUGAGGAACACUUCAGUUUUGUAUUUAAUGAUGCUUUGGUUUUGUGUUUGGUUCUAUCUGUCCUCAAAGCCAGAACUAUUCUAUGAUCAUUACUAGUUAUCCUACAUCCCUGGAAGCUGCAAAUGGAGGACUUCUACUCUAUUCAUAACCCCUGACCUGAACACGAGAGGGAGAAAAAGCGAGCCUACUGAGCAACAUCAAACUAGGCCCACAGAUAUAAUAUUCUGUGCAGGGAUGAGGGACAAUGAGGAGGUAUUGAAAAUAUAGUUUUAUCAUAAUCUACACACCGUUUCAUCAGAGAAAGGCUCAAAGCCUCAUGGCAGCACUCUGAAUCAACAGUCAUGAAAUACUGUAUCUCCAAAGAACUGUAAGAUGCCAGCAUCACCCAUGCAUUACAGGUACCAAUGAAUGUUUGACUCAGUCUGAAGAAGGUUCUUGACACGCAAUGUCACAUAUUCCAUCUAUGCAGAGAUGCCUGUCUCUCUGAGAUACUCCAACAUAUUUUGUCUAUCUUCGGUGUAAACCAGCAUCUGCAGUCCCUUCAUGCACUCUUAGCUGUUAUCCUAAAAUUAUGUUCACUAGGUUUGGUAGGUUUUAAUUGUCAACAUUCAAAUUAUACACGUUAAAGUCCUCUGUCAAUCAGCCACACAUUUCAACACUACCCUUAAUAAAGAUCCACAACCAGACCCUAGAAAAUAUGGACCAUUUCCAUAUCUGCAAUCACAUGUAAAUUAAGAAAUAAAUUCAACAUCCUCUUCAGCACACCCACACAGCUCUAGGGCAUCAAAGAAAGAGAGUAUUGAAUAAUUAAGCCCUAAAACCCAGCACAAACCUUAUGGUCUACUUGGUAACAAUAACCCCUUCCCUGCAGUAUACGGUCAAGUUAUGCAGUCUCUUCAAGUCACUGGAGGCAUACCACCUUUACUAUCUAAGUCAUGAGUUCAUACAUGACUGUCUACUUCAGCUCAUUAGUCACAUCAGGAGAAACUACCGAAGAAAUGACAAUGCUGUUUUGUAAUUGUGCUCAGCCUAGUUCAGAACUGAUCUGCGAAUGCAAAUAUCCAACUUCCUGCUCGGGCAUCACGUGAGCAUGUUGCAAGAUGGCGCCGCCCAGGGAGCUGUGGUCGCUGUUGCUGUUGGCUCCGUUUCUCUGUCCUUGUUUCAUAAACGUCGCUUCUGUUGACAUCGGAAAAUGCGAGGAGCUACGACUCGGGCAAUAUAUCUGUGAAACUCCCAAGAUAAGUGAUAUAACACAAGAACCAGAAAAUUGCACAAAUAAUACUGCCUUUGUUCCCUGUAUGCCAGCACGUAACAUCACCUGCAAAAAUGAUAGUGGGAUUGUUAACACUUUCAAUGGAACGGAAGUUGGUUUCUAUAAGCCUUUUCCAUGUCGAAAUGUGACUGGUUAUUCAUAUAAAGUGGCUGUGGCUCUUUCUUUAUUUCUUGGAUGGCUGGGAGCAGACAGAUUCUACUUGGGAUAUCCAGCUUUGGGUUUGUUAAAAUUCUGUACUGUUGGAUUUUGUGGCAUUGGCAGUCUUAUUGACUUUGUUUUCAUCUCUGUACAGAUUGUUGGCCCUGCAGAUGGCUCGAAUUACAUCAUAGAUUACUAUGGAGCGAGACUUACCAGAUUAACAAUAGACAAUGAUACAUAUCGAAAGAGACAAACUGAUAUGUGAGCCUGAAGUGUCCAAUUCUGGUGCUGCCUGACCUUACAAGAUUUCCAAUAUUUUAUGUUUUAUUUAUGUUCUAACCUAGUGCUAUCCAAUUGCUCCUCUUCAUCAUGUACGCCAAAAAUUAUAAAUUCCCAGUUCAAGCAAUAAAUAAUGUCUGGAAAGUGAAAUAAUACGAAGACUUUUACAAAUCAUUCAGUUUUCAUAUUUUUGAAUAAUUGCUGUGGGUUUAGCUCUGGUGCCAAGGAUUAUAUUCUUAGUUUUUUAUGCUCUCUGAGCAACUCGUCAAUAAUUGUUUUACCUUAAUAUAAAAUGAAUGUGCUUAAUGACAGUAAGAGUUCAAAGCACUUUAAAACUAAUCUGUUUCCUCCUCCCACUUUGAGCACCAUUCAUAGAUGUUAAAAUUUUAGUCAGUUAUGUUCAACCAAUAUAUCCUUUUCACUUUAUGAAUACUAUUAUUUGGCCGAUAAAAUGGAUUGUUAA